AAAAGGAAGAAAAAAAAAACGAGAGAGUGGCAAGAGGAAAGUUUUCACGGUUUCUCCUGCUUGUUCCUCCCAGAUGAAGACGAAGACAAUCUAGAAUAAGAAUGCGUUGGCAACGGGAUGAGGCACAACAGAACAAGCCCGGUCGGUGUAAUUUUAAUUUUUUUUUCCUUUGGAUCUAAAUUCAAGUUCAUGUUUGUGGUCCUCUUUUCUCUGAUAUUUUUUGUUCUUGACGAGAGUAAACGAUUCUCCCGCAAGAACAUUCUUUGCUGAAAAGUCAACACGAGAGUCAACCUCGCGAUUAUCCAUCUUCGCAUGUCGCCCGCAGUCGCCCGCAGUCACAAAAGUUUCGUGAAGAAGAACACGCUUUUGUCAGUUCAUACCUUGUGGAUCGCUUGAAAGUUCUUCCAGAAACGAGGUUUUUCUUUGCUUCUUUUGCUAGAUCUUUGUUUUUUAAAAAAGCUCGUGACUUUAAUCUCGCUAAGGUUUCGCUGUCGGGAGCAGUGGCAGCGGUAGGUGGAAAUAGUUUGGACUUGAGUCUUUGGUUCUUCCUCUCGAUCAAAUCUUGAUCCGUGAGCUGAAAGCUUUCUCACUCUUCUUUUUUUCUCUUCUUGGAAGCGAAGUGGUACCUAGGCAUUGAUAAGUUUCUUCUCGUUCUCUGUUCUAGCUUCAAACUUCCAUCUCCUUGGAUAGAUUUCUUUCUCCGAUCGAGAGAAGCAGCAAGAGGGCAGUGAAAAGAGUGUAAAGGGUCUUCUGGGUCGCCAUUCUUUUUCCGGAGCCAAACUCCGGAAUCUCUCAUCGAUGCAAGCAAGAAAGCCAAGAAAACCGAAGCUCUGAACUAUGGCAGUCGUCUCCUUUCCAUCGUCUCCUCUCUCGGGAUCUUCAUUCAAAGCGCUCCUCAAGUCGCUGAGCAGCCGCGCCUCCUCGGACGCCCCGGAUUUGUGGGUGGCGGCCACCAUUCUCUUCUCCGCCGCUACUUACUUCUUCGAGUAUGGCAGCAACAUCGCCACCGCGUGGAAGUACUACAUUCUCGAGUACCACAACCAGAGCAGCGAUGUGAGGAUCCACUCGGAAGGGCCGCGCUCCGAGUUCCCGGGGAUCUUCCCGGGCAUUGUCGCGAUCAUGGCCAUAGCUCAUGUGAUCAAUGCGCUGGUUUUCUAUCUCCAUCUCGACAAGAGCAAGGAGGCUGUCAAAUGCGCGUAUUUGCUGCCAGUGAUCUACCUCCGGAAGCUCACGCUGCUCAUCUUUAGAACUGGACAACUCCAGGGAGUGAGGGACUUGCGAUCCAACGAGAUCGAUGCCGUGUACAACAUCCUCGCGGCAGCGCUAGAAACGGGUCCCCAACUUGUUCUCCAGUUCCACGUCUUUGCGGAGCUCGGCUACCUCUCAGGCCCCGGAGCAAAGCCACCGACCAUUCUCGUGCUCUCUCUGGCGGCCUCGUUUCUCUCGGGUGCUUACAACGGUGGCCUGGCUAUGGCCACCACCUCGGACAAGGCAACGCUGUUUGGAAGAUCGAGCAUGGGAAUCGCUGGAGGACUACACAUUGUCUCCGCAUUGCUCGUGAGAAGCCUGGCGUUCGAGGUCAUAACCGAAGAGGGAUUCUACCACUCAUCGUCACCCUUUCGCUACUACUACUUCUACUUGGUUCUCGUGAUAGUCGUACCAUCGACCGCGUUUUGGAUUCUCUUGAGGUCUCCCACUUCUUCCAGCCAAAGUGGAAGGAUAGCCCAGGAAGAAGCCACAGGUCCUCAUUGCCAACAUCAAGCUCCCGAGACCAUCCAAGCAAACUUUGAGCAGCCUUUCUGGAAAACAGCGUUAAAGAUCAUCUCGUACGCGUACGUGAGUAUCACUCUGGGGCCGCUCUAUCCUCUCGUGAGCCAUGCAAGGCAGAUCAACCAGCCAGGCAAACAACUCAGAAUUCGACUCGCCAAGGCAAGCGCGGCUCACUUUUCUCUCGACUUGCUCGUCAUCGUUUUCGUUUGCGGGGCGCACGGAAGAACCUGGCUCACGCCUUGCUACCUCGAGUGGUCGAGACCUCGGGAUAGACGGAUCCACAAGAGGAUGUUCAAGCAGAGAUUUAUGAGUUGCUCGUGGUUUAAGGCGCUGCUUGGCUUUAGCUUGCUGUUCUACGUCAUCACCAUCGCUUCUUUCAUUGUUCUCGAUGUCUACACCGCGAACAAGCUUGAGAAGAAGUCCUCGUUCGCCGAGGAAGAGGAAAACGAAGAUUUAAGUGCCAGAGGCAACAAAUCUAGCGCUUCAUGCAUCGGCUUCGAAGGCUUGUGACUGUGUUAGAAAUCUUCAAUCAGUCAUUGUAUUUCGUGAGAAGCCAAGCCAAACUUUUGGCUACGUAAAAGUUAUAGUCACACAAGAACACAGCUCGCGGGAUCAAGAAUCUG